AUGAAUAAAAUUACCAGGCGACUGAUUCGAGCAAAGAAGCUAAAGGUCAAUUGUAAUGCUGAUGGGGAGCCAAUUGGGAAGGCAUCUAAGAAGAUGCAGUCAUACAUUGGGGUGUUGGCACACACCAAGAUCCCAAUAUCUAUAAAUGAUUGGAGAAAUGUGCCUUCGGAUGAAGUGAAAAAGACAAGAUUUGGAAUAGAUGCUUAUGUGGUGCCAAAAGAAUGGAAGAAAAUGAUACUCCGUGAAAAGCAGAGAAUAAAGAGGAAGGAGAAUAAGUAUCCUCAUCGAAUGUCACGGAAAGGAUAUGCUAACUUCCAAGAAGAACUGGCUGAAAAAAUACCGAUUGAAGAAUUGGAUCGUGCUACGAUGUGGAUAAAGGCCCGGCAAGACAAGAGCGGCAACUUCAAAGGGCCAGCAGUGAAGAAGAAGGUCGAAAAAAUUGAAAGUUUGAAGAGGAAAGUGUUUGAAGGAGAAAUCAACCCUGAAGGAACAGAUGAUGUUCUGACUUUGGCGUUGGGAAAUCCUGAGUAUCCUGGUAGGGUACGCGGUGUUGGUGGCUUCGUUAAGCCUUCGGCAUAUUUUCAUCUACCUAAACGCCAAAUGCUAAAUGUAGAAGAUAGUGUUAGGGUAAGUGUUAAGAAGAUACUAGCAGAAGAGAAAGAAAAUAUCAUUGCUCAGGAAAGAGCCAAAUGGGAGUUGGAGAUGGACCAACAAAUUGCUAGGGAAAGAGCCGCUUGGGAGGAAAGGUUUCAGAAGUUAGAAGCGAUGGUUAAUGGGAAAGAGAUGCCAGUUGACUCACCCAAACCUGUGACACCGUUGAAUGAUUUAGGCUCUGGCCAGGGCAGCUGUUCAAGGCAACUUGAAAAGGCUGGUUUGAAAGCUAUUGAAAUUGAAGCUGCCAAAACUGCCAAGAAGAAGUUAGAUUUAGGGGAGGACCAGCAGAAAGUAGUUGAGGAGAAUGAAGUCUUUGUGGAUGGGGAGCUGAACAUCAAACUAACCUCGAUUAUUGAGGAGGAGGUUAGAAAUGAUUUAACUCUGAAAAAAAAUGCAGUUGUGGAGCAAGUGCAAGUGCCUGUUCAGUCCACCAAUAUUGUCCAGUCAGGGUGUAAACUUGCGAUAGAUUCAUUGGACAACAUAGUGGCUGAAGGAACGAUCAUUCAAGUGGAUGUUGAGUCCUACAAGCAAACUAUCCAUGGUGUUCCAAUGGCUGAGGAAAAUGUCCGAGUAUCGAUCACCAAAUCUAUUGUUGCUAAUGCUUUGCUACCAAUUCCUAUUAAUGAUGAGAUUCUGUUUGUCCGCGAUUCAAUUGGUACAUGCAUUGCUUGGCCUAGAGACUGGGUUAUACCCACUGCAGCUGAUGCAAAGCAGCAAAAGCAUAAAAUUGUGAGGAGCAAAAAGAAGGAUAUAUAUAAUGAGGAUUUUGAUCAUGAUGAUUUGGACAAGCUGCCACCCAAUUUGCCUCCACCACUUAAGACGUUGGCCACAUGGGCUAAUGAUAACUUGAAGGAUGGGAUCACCAUCCACACAACCUUAGGCGAGGAAUUAUUUGGAUAUCUAAAAAAGGUCGCCAUCUUCAGAAGGGAUGUGUAUGCCAUGACCAACAUGAAGGAGGUUUUUGCCGGCUGCAUUGUGAUGUAUAUGAGCUUCCUUUAUCAAGUGUUGAAGAAAUCGAAGAUGCUUGGUAUGAUUGGCUUCCUAGAUCCUGCUAAUACUGGUGUCAUUGGCUGUGGAAAUCCGACUGAACGGGCUCGUUCUUUGUCAGUUUCUUAUGAAAGAGGGAAGCCUGGUCAGAUUUUUUUGGUCCCCUAUAAUUCAGGCUGUCUUUGGAUGUUGACGGUGGUGAACCCCACUGAAGAAGUUGUGUAUUUCAUGGAUCCGCUAAAGAGGCAACUCAUCACCUGUGAAUGGAGAACUAUUGUGGACAACUCCAUCAAAAUAUUGAAUGCACAAAAACAUAGGAAAGGCCGAAAGACAGUUCAAUGGAAAAACUGUGCAGGCAUUCCGGAGCAGAUGGGUGAUAAGACUUGUGGAUAUUGGAUUAUGCAUUACAUGAGGGAUAUAGUGGAGGAUAAAAACCAAGAGUGGAGUGCUAAGUGGGAAAGAAAAGCAAAUCACUAUUACACAAUGGAGAAUGUUGAUGCUGUCCGGGCAGAGUGGGCAAAGUAUGUUAUGAAGUUCAAAGAUAACUAGUGCAUGUGUAGGUUAACUAGUAGUUGAAGAUAUGUAGCAUCAACUUUUGGACAUGCAUAGUUGAUAUAUAUAUAGGCCAAAUUUUGAUUGCAGUACUGCUAGCUAUUUUGCUAUGUUGUUUAGUUGGUUGCCCACAUUGUGUAGUGCUUCUGGUUUAUUAGCAAGCAGUACUGCAUCCAUAUAUUUUGCUGGCUGCCCAGAUUAGUAGAUAUGGGCCAUUUAGAACUGAUGUUGAUGAUUAGGUUUGUGUA